AUGGCUGGGCUAAUUGCAUCUGGAAUCGUCAAGUGGACUGCAAGCAAGCUUUCUUCUCUAGUUUCUGCACCAGUUGGGACAUCACCCUCCGACCCCGAUGAAGGGCAAUCUGCUUUUGAGGACCUCCGGGAGCUGCGAAGGUCAAUGAUAAUGAUCCAGCGGACACUCGAUGAAUCAGCUGAGGGCAGCAUCAGAGGUGAAGCAGAGAGGCUGCGCCUACGCGAGCUGCAGCAGUUUGUCUUUGAUGCCCAGGAUGCUGUUGACCAGUACAAAUAUGAGCUGCUGCGGCGAAGGAUGGAAGAUCAAGACAGGCAAGGUGAUGGAAGCAACAGAAGUAGUCGCAAACGCAAGGGCGAAAAGAAGGAACCAGAAGCAGACCCUAUUCCAGUUCCUGUUCCUGAUGAGUUAGCAACAAGGGUUAAAAAGAUUCUAGAGAGGUUCAAUGAAAUAACAAGGGCAUGGAAUGACCUCCAGAUGGAUGAGAGUGAUGCACCCAUGCUGGAAGAUGACAAUGAAUUGUUCCCUCUGCCGACCAACCCACAUGUAGAUGAACUAAACAUCGUUGGCAGAGAAGAAGACAAGGAAAGCGUCAUCAAAAUGUUAACAGCAGUUGUCAAUGCUGAUGCAGGGACGCUUUCCGUCCUCCCUGUUAUUGGUAUGGGAGGAGUAGGCAAGACAACACCUGCUCAACUAGUGUACAAUGAUCGAAGGAUCUCUAAAUACUUCGACAUCAAGGUCUGGGUACAUGUAUCUCCUGAGUUUAGGGUCAAGAACUUCGCAAGUAAGAUCCUAAUGUCAUUUUCAAGAAGACAAUGUGAGGCAAUGGAAAUGGAUGAUCUCCAAGAUGCACUGACGGAGCAAGUUGAGGGCAUGAAAUUCUUGCUUGUUCUUGAUGAUCUGGCCUUUGCCCUCAAUGUUCAAGAUAGCCAUGGUGACUUUGAAGAAACUGGCAAGAAGAUUGUGGAAAAGUGUGGAGGCUUGCCAUUGGCAAUAAAAGCAAUUGCAUGUGCUCUUCGCUUUGAGCCUACCGUGGAGAGAUGGAAGGAGGUACUGAAUAGUGAACAGUGGGAGUUACCAGCAAAUGAAGACCAUGUCCUGCCAGCUCUGAGGUUGAGCUAUGAUCGGAUGCCGAAGCACCUUAGACGGUGUUUCAUUUUCCUCACCUUGCUUCCUAGAAGAUACCUUUUCUUGAAAGAUAAUGUCAUAAAUCUUUGGAUGUCACUGGAUAUCCUCAAACAAGGUGGUCGCAGACGCCUUGAAAAUAUUGGCAGCUUAUACUUUGAUGACCUGAUGCAAAGAACUAUGAUACAGCAGACCAAAUCUGAUGAUGAAUUGGACUGCUUCAUGGUGCAUGAUCUUGUCCAUGACCUGCUACAGUUCGUUGCAGGUGAAGAUUUCCUGAGAAUAAACAUCCAGCAUUUCCAUGAAGUAGACCAAGGUUAUCGGUAUUUAUCUUUAGUCGUUAGUUCUUCUGAUAUAAAUGUAAUGUUGCAAUCUGCUAAGAUUCCAGAAGGCCUCAGAGUACUUCAAGUUGUCAACUCAACAGACAAUUCACAUUGCUAUUCCAAGCUGUUCUCCUUUAAUAUCAAUGUGAUAAUUCCUGACCCACUAUGGCAAAGUUUCCAGCAACUGCGAGUUUUAGAUUUCAGUCACACUGGACUGAAGACCUUGCCAGAUUCAAUUGGAGACUUGAAACUUUUAAGAUACCUUUCUCUAUUCAAGACAGAAGUUACAAGUAUUCCUGAUUCUAUUGAAAAUCUGCACAAUCUUAAGGUCUUGGAUGCAAGAACCUACAGCCUAACUGAGAUUCCCCAAGGAAUCAAGAAAUUAGUCAGUCUCCGCCAUUUCCAAUUAGAGAAACGGUCCCCUUUAUGCAUGCCAAGUGGGGUUGGACAACUGAAGAAAUUGCAGUCCUUGUCAAGGUUCAGCAUUGGAAGUGGGAGCUGGCAUUGCAACAUUGCGGAGCUACAUGGCCUUGUCAACAUACGUCCAGAGCUGUCUAUUACUGGAUUAAGGAGAGUAAGCAGUGUAGAUGAUGCGCAAACUGCUAAUCUGGUCAGUAAACAGCACCUGCUAAAGUUAACACUGGAUUGGGCCGAUGGAUCAUUGCCUAGUAGAUGCAGACAUCAUUCCGGGGUUCAAUGUGACCUUGUACGUACACCCGAGUUUGAGGAGGCAAUUUUUGAGAGCCUUCGGCCACAUAGCAAUCUGAAGGAGUUGGAGGUAGCCAACUAUGGUGGCUACAGAUAUCCUGAAUGGUUAGGGCUUUCUAGCUUCACCCAACUGACUCGAAUAACUCUGUAUGAGCAAAGUUCUGAAUUUCUUCCUACACUGGGCAAAUUGCCUCAGCUCCUUGAGCUCUCUGUGCAAUGGAUGAGAGGCGUUCGGCACAUUUCAAAGGAAUUCUGUGGGCAAGGUGAUACAAAAGGCUUCCCUUCAUUGAAGGAUCUAGAGUUUGAGAACAUGCCAGCUUGGGUGGAAUGGUCUGGAGUAGAUGAUGGGGACUUCUAUUGCCUCCACGAACUCAGAAUCAAGGAAUGCUUUGAGUUGAGGUAUCUUCCACGUCCAUUGUCUGCAUCCUUGUCAAAAUUAGUGAUCAAGAACUGCGAUAAGUUAGUCAGGCUGCCACAUCUUCCAAACCUUUCUAGUUUGGUCUUAAAGGGAAAACUUAACGAAGAGUUGUUUUCUGACCUGGACUUGCCAUUGCUGCGAGCAUUGAAGGUGUCUCUUUCUCACAACAUAGAGUGCGUCGUUCUUAGCCAGAACCUGCCACUGCUAGAGCUCCUUGCGGUUCGUGCAUGCCAUAAGUUGCAGGAACUAGUGGGCCUUAGCAACUUGCAAUCUCUCAAGCUGCUAAACAUAAUAGCGUGCCGAAAACUGCAUCUCCCUUUUGACCAGCCUCUUCCCCAACAGCUUGAGCGGCUUACAAUCUUGAAAUGUCCGCAGCUACAUGACUGGUUGGAGUUCCAAAAUGCGCAACUCUAUGAUCAGCUACUGUCUGACCAUGAAAGCGAUGAAGACCGAGAAGCUCUUGAAAUGCUGUGGGAUGACACAGAAGAUGAAGUUGAAGAAGAGUUCUUAGAUAUAUCCGAGAAUGAUGAUGAUGCUGAAUCAGACUUCGGGCCAUCAGGUUUCAGUGUUGACGACGAUGACCAGGAGGAUUAG